AGUAGACCAAACCUUGACAUUUGAUAUCAUGAAAUUAAGAAUGUAGGAGCACAAAAUGCCAAAGACGACAUCAAAUCUCAUUUCCUUUAAUCUCAACCGACCCUCUUCCCAAUCCCCGAUUCCUCUUACCAUUUUCCCAAAAACCCUAGACUCAAAUAUCUCUCCCCAGAACAUUUUCUCUUUUUCCAAACAUGGAUCCCCCAACUCCAGAUUCAACCUCCAGAGAAGAGGAAGAGGAAGAGAGAAAUUGGCAGGAAUUGCCCCGAGAUGUGACGUCAAUGAUACUCUCCAAGCUCAAUGCCGUGGAAAUCUUAUCUAGUGCCCAGUUCGUCUGUUCUUUCUGGCGUAAACUGUGCAGAGAACCUAUGAUGUGGCGAAACAUAGAUAUGCACAAUCUGGGUGAUCUUUGCGACUUGGGAUACGAUCUCGAGGAAAUGGCAAGGCACGCUGUUGAUCGAAGCGGUGGUCAGCUGCUCAGCAUCUGUAUCGAAGACUUCGCUACUGAUAAUCUUCUCAAUUAUAUCAUUGAUAGAUCCAGUCAUAUCAGACAUCUUAGACUUGUAUCUUGCUAUGGCAUUUCAGAUGAUGGACUGAGUGAAGGGAUUAAAAGGCUUCCAUUAUUAGUUGAGAUUGACCUUUGCUAUUGCUCAUUCUCAAAAGAGGUCCUGGAAGCUAUUGGGCAGUGUUGCCCGCGGCUGAAGUCAUUCAGAUUGAACUGCCAGGGCUUCAGACACCCACACAUAGAGUGUGAUGAGGAGGCCCUAGCCAUUGCACAAAACAUGCCCGGAUUGAAAAGCCUUCAGCUGUUUGGGAAUAAGCUGACAAACGAUGGUUUGCUGGCUAUUCUUGAUGGCUGUUGUCAUCUUGAAUCCCUUGACCUGCGUCAAUGUUUCAAUGUAAAUUUGGGAGGGAAUUUGGCGAAAAGAUGUGCUGAACAGAUAAAAAUUUUGCGAUAUCCCAAUGACUCCACUGAUGACUACGAGUUUGAUGCUGAAAUUCAUGAUGAUGCUUCUUUUGAUGAAGAAUACCCAUCUGGGAUUUCUGACCUUGAUUUAUUGUCUGAUGGUGACUACUAUGACUUCUCUGAUGGCAGCGAUUUCUCUGAAUAUGAUCCCUCUGAUUAUGAUCCAUAUGAGCCACAUCAUUUUUAUGAUUAAUGCUUUGUAGGCGGGGGAUGCAAUAAUCCCCAUCAUUUGCUUCUUGGGCGAAGAUAUCUGAAAUGGCAUUAGAAGGUUCCAGCAGUGCUCUUUUUGCAGGUUGCUGUUGAUCUAACAAAUGUGAAACAGGUUUUGUUAUCAGCAUCUAGGAACAACAGUAUGUUUAAGUUGCCCCUAACCAACCAUCAGCAUUCCUGUUUUCUUUGUCCAUAUUAUACUCACUUUUCUGGCUUUCCUUUAUCCGUCUUUCAGACAUAUUUCGUUCUUAUUUUGAUAAACAUCUAGUGUUGUUUUAUGCUUUGGUGACUCUUCUAUUUUGCCUAUCAUGGAAUAUGAUGUCAUUGGGUUACUUCACAGGCAUAUAUUUGAUGUACAUGAAAAAUAUUGAGCUGCAA